UCCCUUCCCUCCGUGGGACGAAGCACCGUGCGAUGGCUAAGGGUUGUUUCUGAGGGAGCAGCGCUGACCCCAAGCACCUGCUCCCGGGAGCUUUUCCAUUCUUGACGGAGGGGAGGCAGACGGUCCAGAGGCUCGAGGCAGACGCCCAUCGGGAGUUGGCACAAUAAAAGUCGUGACGGAAAAGGGAAGCAAGGCCGGCGAUAGCACGGGGCUGCUCUUCCAGACAAAGAGUCCCAGCCUGUGUCCACGAUGACCGGUGUCCGGGCCACAGCGGCAGGCGUGGCCCAGGGGGCGCCUCUCUCCCGAUCCUCGACCCCUCCCCACUCCUCCCGAUGGCCUCAGGAGCAGGGCUGUCCCCCCACGAGCUAUUGGAAAGGCAUCACAUUGUGAGAAAGAACAUGUUUAAACAUGAAGCCCUCACAAAACGCACAUCUGAUAAAAGGCUUGUGUCCAAAAUAUGCAAAGAACUCUUACAGCUCAACAACAAGGAAACAACUAAUUAAAACGGCAAAUCCGAACGGACAGCUCACCCAAGAAGCUACGCAGGGAGCAGACGGGCACAUCGUGUGUCACGACACAAUUGCAGAUCGAACAAGGAGCCCCCGCCACACGCCCGUGAGAACGACCCGAAUCCCGAACCCGACAACACACGCACCGGCGAGGACGCGGGGCAGCGGGGUUCUCGUUCGCGGCGGGGGCCACGCAACACGGGGCAGCCACGCUGAGGACCGUCUGGCGGCUUCUUCCAGACCUAAACACAGUCUCUCCAAUUACCUGGCACUCAUGCUCCUGAGAAUUUUUCCAAGUGGUCUCAACACUGUGUCCACAAGCAACCGACACAAGGUGUUUAUAGCAGCUUUAUUCGCAGUUACUGAGAAUUAAAGCGACCGAGAUGCCCUGCAGGGGUGAGCGGAUAAAGUGCGGUGCGUCCAGACCAGGCGAUGUUAUGUGGCACUAAAAAGAGAUGAGCCACGGAACCACGGAGCCACGAACACACGGGCCUCCCGUAGAAGAACUCAGGCUCUCAGACUGGUUUCAUCCUGGGAAACGCCCUGAUGUUGUAACAAUCACAGACUGGCUGGCCCCAGUCAUAUGGGAAGGCACCUUCAAUAGACAGGUCCUGGGGAGAUACUACGGGAGACAGAACCUCACCAUAGGCUUGGCUGUCCUUGCUACUGGCAGGACCACGGACCAGUACCUGGAGCUUUUCAUGCGAUCAGCGAAUAAGCACUUCAUGAGCGGCUACAGAGUUGUCUUUUACAUCAUGGUGGACGCCUUGUCCAGGCUGCCGGACCUGGAGCCAGAUCCUCUGCGAACUUUCAAGGUCCUCCCCAUCAAAGGAGACCGGUGGGGUGACUUUCACCUCACACGCAUGAGUUCCCUGGCUGAGUACAUACUGGGGCACAUUGAGGACGAAGUCGACUUUCUGUUCAGCAUGACCGUCAACAGGGUCUUCCAGAACGACUUUGGGGUGGAGACCCUGGGCGCGUCCGUGGCUCAGCUCCAUGCCUGGUGGUAUUUUAAAAACAAGGACGUCCCUUACGAGAGGAGGCCCAGAUCGGCAGCGUGCAUCCCGUUUGGGCAGGGGGACUUCUACUAUGACGGCUCGGUCAUCGGUGGCAGGCCCCUGGAGGUCUUAACCCUCAUCGAAGGUUACCUGCAAGGGGUCACUCACGACCACAAGAAUGGGCUGAACAGCACCUACGAGAGGCACCUGAACAAGUAUUUUUUCACGCACAAGCCCACCAAGCUGCUGUCUCCCGAAUACAGCUGGAACGCGGCACUCCGGCCGCCCGCGCAGGUCUGGUCGGUCAAGGCCACGCGGCUCUCCCGCCGGUACUUCUGACCCGCCGGCUCCUGCGAACGCCCGGCGGCAGGUUCCCGGGGUCACGGGCGUCCUGACGCUUUCCUGGCUGCCGGGGCUGGCGCGUGCACACCACCCAAGGGAAAUGUUUCUCCUUGCCGUUUGGAACUGUCCAGUUUGGUCCGUGCAGGAGAAAGAAUAAAAAUGAUUAUUUAAUGUCUA